CUGGAGCACACUAGCUCAUAGAGCUAACAUAUUCAUACUAAAAGCCAGAAAACGUCAAGUCUGAUUUCAGGGGGACUUUAAAGUCUAUCCUGCAAAGCUGUUUUGUUUGGGAACCUUUUGGCUUUCCACAGUGAAGUCCCGGCGCGCACGCGGAGAGGUUCUGUCCUUAUAAGCGCGCGACCAUCGGCUCAAAAACGGCUCGUCUUGGUUCAUGUAGCUGAACUCUUUCAAGCAAGCUCGUGCAGGAACAGUUUUAAACGGAAAUGUUUCCACUGCAGAACUGGUUUCUUUAGACAAACCGGAUUACGGAAAGGAGAUCCGUCUGAAGCGCAACCGGAUCCGGGGCUGGUAAUUUCAGCUUUAUUCAUUAUUCACGCCGGGAUCUCAGGUCUCUGUGUGUCCAGACAGGAUCUUUGGUGUUUCUCUGACUAUGGAGGAGGACAGCACUGUUCCGGAUUUCAGGGACAUCGAGGUGAAACUGGGUCGGAAAGUACCGGAGAGCUUGGCCCGGUCCAUUACGCACAGAGCAAAACCAUUAGAGUCCAGUAGAGCUCAGAGUCACUGCACCAGCUCUGAGCUUAAACAACUGGAGAGCAAGAUGCUGUUCCUCAAACAGGAAAUGGCCCAUCUCCGUGCUAUCGACGUCAAACUGAUGCAACAGCUCCUUUCCAUCAACGAAGGCAUCGAGUCCAUCCGCUGGGUGAUGGAGGAGCGAGGGGGUGUGGCCAGCCGGGAGAGCAGCUUAAACGGAAGCCUGUACAGCCUCUCAGACAGCCAGGACGCGUCUCCUCACGGGAGCUUCAGCAGCCUCCAAGACGGGAUGGACGAACUGGACGGAAUUUCAGUCGGCAGUUACCUGGACACGCUAGGGGAGGACUUGGAACAUUCAUCCCCAGCCAACCAAUCAGAUAGCUUCAAUGACCAGUCCAUCAUCGGGGACGAGACAUUCAGUAAAUCUCCACUUCGACCCAGAGUGGACUCGGACGAGUACUACUGUUUCGGAUAACGCUAACCUACACUGCAAAGGAUUAUGGGGCAUUUUAAGCUGCUGGUCCUGAAUCAGUUGGUCAUUUUAAUGAAUGAUUGAAAGUGUUCAGUCAGGAGUAACAGCUGGGGGGAAGUGUAGGUAGUUCAAGCUAAACGUUAACUAUUAGCUGUUAGCAUGUUCUGCUACUGCUGAUACAGAAAUGUCACUGUGAUUCUGUUCAUGGGUCACCAGGUUUUAAUUGGCUGACCUAAAGUUUCUAAGUGAAUUAAAGAUCCAGAUCACUGCUAUACAGCAGGAGUUUCUACAUGUCUCUUCCUUCUAACGCACAACAUUUCCAGGGAAUAAAGUUUUAUGUUGUGCACUAAGUUCUUCAUUAUUCAAAAACCUUUCAUGUCUUAUUUUAUUUCUCUGUAAUUAGUCCAAAUAUGCGUCAGGGUUUAGGUCCAAGGAUUAACCCUGCUAGCUUUCCCCCAGCAAGUGUUACUGACAUAGACAUUAUGUAAAAAGGGACCCAAGAGGACAUUUUCUACACUGAAACCAAAAUUUCGCUGACCACAAAGUGCAACUAAAUAUGCGUUAACAAAUGCUCGAAUGUUAGCACAUAUUAGCAUAACACCUGCUGUAACGCGAGUUACUGCACAGAAUGGUGAAGUUCUCAAGUUACGCAGAUGUGAAUAGUAAAUAAAAUCUUCACAAAUGCCUUUCGGAUUAGUACGUAGCAUUAAUGUGCAGCUAAUGUCCGUCUUAUACAGUGUACGUCACAUUGCUGCACUUUCUGGUCAGUGAAGCUUUGAAAAAAAUGUGGAUUUUGAAGUGCAAUUUCUGCAAAUAUGCCAAACUUUCCAAAGACAAAUAUUUUUCUCCUAGUUAAAAAGUUAAAGACUGAAUUUUUGUCCCUGCCACUGUCAAACCUUGUGUGUAUUUUAAUUACUUAUUGAAAUGUUAACACUGUUUUUUUUUUUUUAAAGAGGACUUUUGAAACUUCCUUGUCCACAUUUUAACUUUUUUUUUUUUGUACUGUGUACUCUAUGAGCAGCCCACUAAAGACAUAACAAAAUCGUGUGGUUAAUUUCGAACCUGGACUCACGUGUGUCUGUGUGUGAGUGUUGUGUGAGAUUUUAUACAUUUCUGUUGUACUGUACAAUAUCCAAAUCAGUUGUUCCUAAUUUAUUACUGUACUGUUUUUAAAUUGUAUUUUGUGGUGAAAACGUUAUAAUAUAUUGUUUCAUGAGG